AUGGAGCUGGCACCUGGGCUCGGGCUCUGCCGGCGCAUCGUCGAUCUGGUGGGCACGGGCGCGACUCUCCGGGCCAACGGCCUGGGUCGAGGUCGAGCAUAUCGCCGACAUCUCCGCCCGGCUCGUGGUCAACCGCACCGCGCUCAAGACCCGGGCCGGCGAGCUCCAGGCCUGGAUCGAGCGCUUCGGCGAGGCAGUGAAUGGCACGCAAGCUGGAUAGCGCGGGCGCCGGCUUCGACGCCGCCUUCGACGCCCUGCUUGCGGAUCGCCGGGGCGUGGCGACGGACGUCGACCGAGAGGCUUCGGCGAUCGUCGAUACAGUACGCGAAGGCGGCGAUGCAGCGCUGCUGGACUACACGGCGCGCUUCGACCGCAUCGCGCUCGACGCCUGAGCAGAUUCGGAUUUCGGCGGCAGACAUCGCCGCCCACGCGGCCGCAGCGCCCAAUUCGGUACGCGACGCGCUCGUGCAGGCGGCGGAACGGAUCGAGGCCUUCCACCGCCGGCUCAUGCCGGCCGAUCUCGACUACCGUGACGACGUCGGUGUCAGGCUGGGUGCCCGCUGGCGCCCGUUGGACGCGGUCGGGCUCUACGUGCCUGGCGGCACCGCCGCCUAUCCGAGCACCGUGCUGAUGAACGCGAUCCCCGCGCGCGUCGCCGGCGUGCAGCGCGUCGCCAUGGUCGUGCCGACGCCGGAUGGCGCGCUCGACCCUGCGGUGAUGGCCGCCUCCGAGAUCGCAGGCGUCACAGAGAUCUAUCGGGUGGGCGGGGCGCAGGCCGUCGCCGCGCUCGCCCACGGCACCGAGACGAUUGCGCCGGUGGACAAGAUCGUGGGCCCCGGCAACGCCUAUGUCGCCGCCGCCAAGCGCCUGGUCUUCGGCACCGUCGGCAUCGACAUGAUCGCGGGCCCCUCCGAGAUCCUGGUGGUCGCCGAUGGCGCCAAUGAGCCGGCGUGGAUUGGCGCGGACCUGCUCUCGCAAGCCGAGCAUGACGAAGACGCCCAGGCGAUCCUGAUCACGAACGAUAGCGCCUUCGCCACCCAGGUGACGGAUGCGGUGGCAGGGCAUCUGGCGCGGCUCCCCCGCGCGACUAUCGCCGCCGCGAGCUGGCGCCGCCACGGCGCCGUCAUCGUCGUUCGUUCCCUCGACGAGGCGCCGGCGCUGAUCAAUCGCCUCGCGCCCGAGCACCUGGAGCUCGCCGUGGACGAGCCUUUGCCACUGGCCGAGGCCGUGACCAGCGCCGGCGCCAUCUUCCUCGGCCGUCACACGCCCGAGGCGAUCGGCGACUAUGUGGCCGGCCCCAACCAUGUGCUGCCGACGGCGCGCAGCGCCCGCUUCUCCUCGGGCUCUCGCCGCUGGAUUUCCUCAAGCGCACGACCUUCGUCGGCUGCGACGCCGCGAGCCUCGCGCAAAUCGGCCCGGCGGCCGUGA